GUCGCGAAGUCAAAUGGGCUCCUCCCGGCGGUGGUCCAGCGGCUCAUGAGAGCACCGCGCCGCCGCGCGUCGCCGCCCCUCGUCCGCCUCCGUCUCCUGCUCGCGUGCGCCCUCGUCGCCUCGCGCGCGCCGGUCGCGCACCUCCCCGGUGCCGCGCGCCCCCUCCGCGGCAGUUUCGCCUCCGCCUCCGCCUCCUCCCGCCGCGACGGCGGCGUCGGCCGCCGCGAUCGCGAGAUCUCGCGCCCGGGCGACGUCGGAAGCAUGUCCAAGGCCCGGGUUUACGCGGACGUCAACGUGAUCCGGCCCAAGGAGUAUUGGGAUUACGAGGCGCUCACGGUGCAAUGGGGUAACCAGGAUGACUAUGAAGUAGUUCGGAAAGUCGGAAGGGGAAAAUAUAGUGAGGUCUUUGAAGGAAUAAAUGUCAAUACCAAUGAGAAAUGUGUAAUCAAGAUACUCAAACCUGUCAAGAAGAAGAAGAUAAAAAGAGAGAUAAAAAUACUCCAGAACCUAUGUGGGGGUCCAAACGUCGUGAAACUGUUUGAUGUUGUCAGGGAUCAGCAUUCAAAGACUCCUAGUUUGAUAUUUGAGUAUGUCAACAGUACAGAUUUCAAAGUGUUGUACCCCACAUUGACUGAUUACGACAUAUGCUACUACAUAUAUGAGCUCCUCAAGGCAUUAGAUUUCUGCCAUUCACAAGGAAUAAUGCAUAGGGAUGUUAAGCCUCACAAUGUCAUGAUAGAUCAUGAGUUGCGCAAACUCCGCUUGAUAGAUUGGGGUCUAGCUGAAUUUUAUCAUCCUGGCAAAGAAUACAAUGUGCGGGUUGCUUCCAGACACUAUAAGGGACCGGAACUUCUUGUUGAUUUGCAAGACUAUGACUAUUCUUUGGAUAUGUGGAGCCUCGGUUGCAUGUUCGCAGGAAUGAUUUUUCGGAAGGACCCAUUUUUUUAUGGCCACGACAACCAAGAUCAGCUCGUUAAAAUUGCCAGGGUUCUUGGGACAGAUGAGUUGAAUGCAUAUCUGAACAAGUAUCAUUUGGAGCUUGAUCCUCAACUUGACGCACUUGUUGGGAGGCAUAGCAGGAAGCCCUGGUCCAAAUUCAUAAAUUCGGACAACCAGCAUCUGGUUUCUCCCGAGGCCAUUGAUUUUCUUGAUAAGCUACUUCGGUAUGAUCAUCAAGAAAGAUUAACUGCCAAAGAAGCUAUGGACCACCCAUACUUCUCUCAAGUGAGGGCUGCAGAAAUUAGCUGGAUGCGGACUCAAUAACUUUUCGAUCGGAAUCUAUGCCCGACUGACUUGAUAUAUUUAUGGGGUUCAGUGUGAUUCAACUGUUGCAAUGAUUGAGCAUGCAGAUUGUUGUGGAAGCAGAGCAGCUUAUAAGUUGCUCUUGUUAGGGCAACGGAUUAUAUGCACAUAUAGCGAUUGAACUGUGUGUUAGGCUAGUACUCAGUCAAGCAUGGAAGUUGUGUACAUCUUCAAGACAUGAACAGAUGAGGACCCGGAGUCACAAUGGUAUAUUUGCAUCAGGUAGGCAAUAAUGUUCAUUUUCACAGCCAAGGAGACUGAUGUGUGCGCCUGUGGAUUGGUGUGGUUGGCUCUUUUGAUAGGAACAAUAACAUAUGUACAAAUAACAUAAAGCAUAAAUUGGUCCGGAGUGGCAUCGCCGCAAUGUUUGCGGGGUGGUUUUUCAUCA